GGGAAAGUGAAGGGAAGGAGUUUAGUUUUUCCCGCGAAAGAGACACCGCAAGGAGGCUUUGUGUGCGGCACCUUACAUCCUGCUUAGUUCUUACUAAGAAGAAAAAGUUGUUUUUGUCUGGGUUUGCUUCCUUACACUCCGCUUUCUUCGUGUCUUUUGCGACCUGGUUCAUUCAGCAUGUCUGGCUUUGACGACCCAGGAGUGUACUACAGUGACAGCUUCGGAGGUGGAGAGGGCCCCGGCGGGGACGAAGGUGGACAGAAGCGGAUCCAGAUCAAGAAGCGGUUCCGUGAGUUCUUGCGACAAUUCAGAGUGGGGACCGACCGCACCGGCUUCACCUAUAAAUACAGAGAUGAGCUGAAGCGACACUACACCUUGGGGGAGUACUGGCUGGAGGUGGAGAUGGAGGACCUCGCCAGCUUCGAUGAGGAUCUGUCAGACUGUCUUUACAAGCUGCCGACUGAGAACCUGCCUCUGCUGGAGGAAGCCGCAAAGGAGGUGGCCGAUGAGGUGACCCGUCCCCGGCCUGUCGGGGAAGAGGCUGUGCAGGACAUCCAGGUCACGUUGAAGAGCGACGCUCAUCACGCAUCCAUCCGCAGCCUCAAGUCUGAGCAGGUGUCUCGUCUGGUGAAGGUGCACGGCAUCAUCAUCUCUGCCACGGCGGUCAAAGCCAAGGCCACCAAGGUGUGUCUGCAGUGUCGCGGCUGCCGCGCCGUCAUCCCCAACAUCCCCCUGCCUCCAGGGCUGCAGGGUUAUGCCCUGCCGCGCAAGUGCAACUCUGAGAGUGCUGGCAGGGUAAAGUGCCCUGUGGACCCUUACUUCAUCAUCCCAGACCGCUGCGUUUGCGUCGACUUCCAGACACUUCGCCUGCAGGAGUCCCCGGAUGCUGUACCGCACGGAGAGAUGCCCCGUCACCUGCAGCUCUACUGCGACAGGUAUCUGUGUGACCGCGUGGUCCCAGGAAACAGGGUGACCAUCAUGGGUAUUUACUCCAUCAAAAAGAUGGCUGCACCAAAAGCCAAAGGCAAAGAGAGAGGGGUUGGCGUGGGUAUUCGUGCGUCCUAUCUGCGAGUGGUCGGUAUCCAGGUGGACACAGAAGGCGCAGGCCGUGGUGCCACUGGAUCCGUCUCCCCACAGGAAGAGGAGGAACUGAGGGCACUGGCUGCUUCUCCUAACGUCUACAACUCUCUGUCACAGUCUAUAGCGCCAUCCAUCUAUGGCAGCGAUGAUGUGAAAAAGGCCAUUACCUGUCUGCUGUUUGGAGGUUCAAGAAAGAGACGUGGGCUCUCCUCCCAGGCUGGCAUCACCACCACCCUGAACUCUCGCUGCUCUGUGCUGGCGGCGGCCAACUCUGUCUACGGCCGCUGGGACGACACAAAGGGCGAAGACAACAUCGACUUCAUGCCCACCAUCCUGUCCCGUUUCGAUAUGAUCUUCAUCAUCAAGGACCAGCACGACCAGCAGAGAGACAUGACGCUGGCUCGCCACGUGAUGAACGUCCACCUCAGCGCGCAGACGCAGACCGAGGGUGUCGAGGGCGAGAUCCCGCUGACCACAUUUAAGAAAUACAUCGCUUAUGCAAGAACUAAGUGUGGUCCUCGGCUGUCUGCUGCAGCUGCUGAGAAGCUAAAAAACAGAUACGUGGUGAUGAGGAGCGGAGCACGAGAGCACGAGAGGGAGAGCGACAAAAGAGCCUCCAUCCCCAUCACAGUCAGGCAGCUGGAGGCCGUCGUGCGCAUCGCAGAGUCGCUGGCUAAGAUGAAGCUGCAGGCGGUGGCUGGAGAAGAGGAGGUGGAUGAGGCCCUGAGGCUCUUCCAGGUUUCCACGCUGGACGCUGCACUGUCUGGCAGCCUUUCAGGAGCGGAAGGCUUCACUUCUCAGGAGGACCAGGAAAUGAUCUCUCGCAUCGAGAAGCAGCUGAAGAGACGCUUCGCCAUCGGCUCGCAAGUGUCAGAGCACAGCAUCAUACAGGACUUCACCAAACAGAAAUAUCCAGAGCACGCCAUCUACAAAGUCCUCCACCUGAUGUUAAGGAGGGGGGAGCUUCAGCACCGCAUGCAGAGAAAAGUGCUCUACAGAGUCAAGUAGAGAAAAGUGCUCUAUGAGAUAACCAUAUUGUUGUUGAUGUAAAUAGUUUUCAUUUGUGGUGUUAUGUUUGCCAGAAUAGUGUCUCAUCUCAGCUGUAGCUCUGUACAGCAGGAUGCAUGCCAACAGGGUGGAUGAAGAGUCACUGCUAAGAUGGUCCUAGUGCUUUGUAUCAAGCUAAAGAUGUUACUUAAUGUCUGCAUACCGUGUUUAAAAAAAAUAAAUAACAAUAAAGUAUUGAAAUUCA